AUGGAAUUGGAUGCAGUAGUUUCCAUGGAAUUUCACGGAACUUUUCCAUUGAAUUCCAUUGAAAUUGAUGUCCUUAUCCCCCAUGGAAUGCCAUGGAAAUCUUUUCCACGGAAAUCGAUGGAAUUCCAUGGAGGUAUUUCUUACGGUAUGUACCAGGGGCACCCAACGACAAUUUUCGGAAAAUAUCUGUUCGGAAGACGAUUUGAUAUCUAGAAAUUUCUUGUUUACCUGCCUCUCUUAGGAUUUUCGAACAUCUAAAAAAUGGUAUAAUUGCAUAUGUUUAAAGGAUUUUUACCUUAAAAAGGUCACCUAGAAUUUUCGGGAGCCUUUUUUCUGGCUGGAAUUUUCGAACAGUUUUGAUCCCUAUAAUUUUCGGAUCACAAGACUUUCAGCUAGGAAAUCCGAACAGUUGAAAAAUUUUUAGGGGAUAAAAAUAUGCCUAUAUCUACCGUUUAAAUACUAAAAUACGUUUAACAAUGCUAUGUUUAAGUGGUUUUGAACUAUAUUCUCGUUGGGUGCCCCUGAUGUACCAAGUUAUUUAAAGGGGCUAUGUCACGCUAUUUUCUACCUUUUUAAAAAGCCAAAGCGUGUUUUCGAAUUAAUUGAAUUCCAAGAAUAAGACUAUAUUUAGGCAUUAAAACCGUUUCCUGUCGCCUGUUAAUAUGGAUGGCAAGGAUGAUUGAAACUUGAAAAAAUGGCCAGCCUUUUCAAUGCAAAAAAUUACCAAAAAAUAAUUAUGGCUAGUGCUGUCUAAUAAAUUUUGUUUGGGACCUUCUCCAUAAAUCUAAAGGAGUAUUUUGUAUAAGUGUAUAGACACUAAGUAAUGACUUCAGCACGUAUUAUUCCUAAAAAGAGCACUAUCUUCGAGACAAACCCCCUUUAAAACCAGGAUAAAUUGACUACUAUUUGAUUGAAACGACCGAUCACUGUUGUGGGAAGUCAAAUCUCUUUCUUUUUUCCACGAGCUUGACGUGGCGAGUGUUUCACCUUUUCCAAAACGAAACUUGUUAUUAUUCUCUUGUCUUAAAGUGUCAGCGUGUCCAAAUAUGGCAAUCCUGACAGGGACUACAGGCAUCAUCACAAGUCCUUCUUACCCGGGAAAUUAUGGUAAUAACCACAAUUGCAAAUGGAAAAUCAUGGCAAGUACAGGAAAUCGCGUCAAGUUGGUCAUUCAAGACAUGGACAUAGAAAGUGGGGUUAACUGUCCCUUCGACUAUAUACAAAUUCAAAAUGCUGUCAUAUAUGGUAGUGGUGUGCUUCCUGGGCGUUUAUGUGGUUCACUCACCAGCAAUUCGACUUUUUCUUCUUACAACGAAACCUUGAUUGUACGUUUUGUUACUGAUGGUUCGGUAACACGCCGUGGAUUUAUAGCAAGAUACACUGUUAUUCCUGGUAAGUAGGAAUAGUUAUGUUUUGCAGUGCUUUGCGCUUUAUCCAGUAUAGUAUGUUGCGCGGUAUCUCGGCACAAUCGCUUGUAAACACUAAAAAUUUUUGUUUGAGCAUAGACGAUUUCUGAAUUUUGUCCUCAAAGAUAGUCCUUUAUAUUUCUCUUGAAAGGUUUCCACUUUGCUCAAUUAAGCAUACUUAAAAUCAGGGACAUAGCCAGCCAUUUUUUCCAUUUAAGCCCGAUUUGAAGAGGUCCUGAGAAAGCGAGGGAGGAGAGAUUCAUUCAUUCAUUCAGUCGUUCGUUCGUUCGUUCGUCCCUCCAUCCCUCCCUCCCUCCGUCCAUCCAUCCAUCCAUCCAUCCAUUCAUUCAGAGAGUUGUAAAACUUUGGAACUUGAAUGUAAACGGUGCUGGUAUUGGUUCUGUAUGGCGAUAAAAAAAAAAAAGAUUGAGCACUCCUAGUAUUAUGUAUUUGGUUGUUCAUUGAAAAAACGUUAUUGAAUUUUGAAAAGAGUGAAAACAUAAAACGGUCUAAUUAAAACAAAUGGAUUUCUUGACAUUUCAAGAGCUUUUGCUUCUUGAAGAUCGAGUCAGUAUGGGCUUCGUACCUAGAUUUUCUUACUUAUUGCCUAUGAUGUGUUGAGGACUUAGUAAAAAGCCAAGUUAUCGCCUUAGCCAUACAAAGUUUUCAGAGGGAACAUGAAGAACAGCGGGCUAUCUUUGCUCAAAAAUGUUGUGUCAAAAGAGUAAUUAGCAGUGAUUAGUCAACGAACGGGUUCUUUUAGUUAAUAAAUAAUAACCGUGUCACAGUCACACCUUGAUAAACAGUUUUUGAAUUCUUUAUAAAGAACUCUGUUACACUCAAGUACAUCUCCUAAGGUCAAUAGGGACGUGAGUGUCUCUUAAGCACUGCAUGUCUCGCUAGUGUGUACUAGAACUAGGGAUUCCAUCAAUAUCGACGAUCGUGCGUAUAUAUUAUUAUAUCUCAAAAAACCGAGUACUCAGAGAGUAAAAUGGCAACUUUCUCAGGUCUUUGUAAGGUCUUCAGCUGUUUCGUCCUUUGUAUCUGCUGAGGAAGAGAUUCUAAUUUGUCACAGAAGAGGGAUGAGAGGCAGCCCCGUUCAGUUUAGAUUUAGCGAGAAUACGGCUCUUCCGACUAUGAAAUUUGAGUUACUCUGUUUGCAAAAUAGAAUUGCAGAGCGAAGCUAGUUCUUAAAGGGACACAGUCAGCUGAUGCAGAUGCGCAUUAGAUGCCAUUUCUUAGCUGAUUUGCAUGUUAGAAGACGCGCAUGAAACAGAAGUGAGAAGCGUAUCCGGAACACUCUAAGCAAACCUUGUAGAGUUGAACUAGUUACAAGCCGAAAUCGUGAUUAUAGACCCUAAGCCAUAUCAUGGCAUUCAUUUUUUUAUAUAUAUAGUUGAACUAGUUACAAGCCGAAAUCGUGAUUAUAGACCCUAAGCCAUAUCAUGGCAUUCAUUUUUUUAUAUAUAUAGUUGAACUAGUUACAAGCCGAAAUCGUGAUUAUAGACCCUAAGCCAUAUCAUAGCACUCAUUUUUAUAUAUAUAUACCAUUGAGAAUUCACAGAUGGAUUUGUCCAGACAUCGAAGAAUACUUCGAACGUUAGUGGAGGUGAGAAAUUACGCGAAGUCUGAAUCAUUGUCGAAGGUUCAAGGCCGAGAAAGAUUGAUUUUCCACGUACACGUAACUACUUACAUCGAUUUUCCAAAUAUAUAAAAUGAUUAUUUGCUCGCCAGUGUAUUUGAUUCAUUUCUCUUGUUAUUUUGGUAAACGAAGGCGAUUCCUCCUACCCGGCGCCUACGCGUGUUCAUGUUCCUUUGGAUACUAUUUUUAACCAAAUAUGGUAAAAUAUUGUAAAAGGAUGAGUAAAAAAAGAGGUUUUCAGUAAAAGAUCGAGGAUCGAAUAAAACAGUAGGCAAGACUGAGCGGAUUUGUAGAUGUAUCCGACGCGUACAUUUAAUUUCAGGUUGAGAUAAACGCUUUUCAAACUUGCAAAACUAGUGUCCAGGUCAGCGCGGUCCCAUAGCUGACUGUGUCCCUGUAAGUCGAUUUUCAAGUAAAGCAAACUAAAGUAACGAACCAUCUAAAUGGAAUAUUUCGUUCGAAAUUGCGUUUUACAUCGAUCAAUGCAGAGUAAACAUAGUUACCUAGAGCAUGAAAUGAAAUAUUUUUUAAAGUUAUUGGCUAAGGAGCCAAAAAAGGUGAUGGCAAUGUGAACACACCCGUUUUUUCAAGUACCCACGCUGGAAUUCGGGCACGGUGCUGGUGCCCGAGUACAAUUAAGGACGACCUCGGGUACAAAUUAGGCACCGGUAAAAAAAUUGUAACUUGACAUUUCUUUACCCACGGAGCAUUUAGGAGUUCUCAAGAAGUCGUCCAAACGUGUCCGUGUGUUCCAGAUCGAAAUGGAAUUUGGAAGUGUUUAUUUUUGAGAAGAGGGAAAACCGACAUACACGGAGAAAAACCUCUCGGAGCAAGGACGAGAACCAACAACAAACUCAACCAACAUACAUGUAUGGCGUCGACGCUAGGAUUUGAACCCGGACCACAUUGGUAGGAGGCGAGUGCUCUCACCACUGCGCCACUCCGCAUUUUUGUUAGUUCUGGGGCAGUCCACUGCUUUUUGAGCCGCUGUUACUUAAAAGUCAUUAAAAUAUAUUUGCCUGACUCUUAAAAUGACGGAGGUGAAACAAAUAUUGCAAACAAAUUUGUCACUCUGACGUCAUUUUUCCCUCUAUAGCAGUCCCAGUGAAAAUCUACCCAGUGGCUCGAUUCAGUCUGUUCAGUGAUAAUUUAUUCUCCCCGAUACCUGGCGAAUAGUUUUUUUUACUCGAAUACAAUGAUUUUUUGCUUUCCCGUUCACUUUCUAUUGUGGCUUAUACAAAAUCCGAGUGUAUUUCGUUAUUCAUAUUUGUUUGAAAGGAGCAAAAAUAUAAAACGUAAUCACCAUUGACAAAAUCAGGUUUUCAAGGGUUUCAUACCGGUAGAGAUGUAAGGCCUGUUACUCAUUUUAGCUUUUAUGAGAGAUACACAACUAAGAAGAAAAACCCAGUGCAAAAUAGACCAGCCCGGUGACGUUUUCUCCGGUAAACCAGUAAAGAUAUAGAUUUCACUGGUCACGUUGAAGAAUGAUGUUCAUGAUCAUUAGCCGAUAUAAUAGCGAUCAUUAUAACCUCUUUCUGUUUAUAUGGAACCGAAGAGAAUUUUUGUUUUUAAUAACAUGUUAAGCAUCAAAAGUUAGUUUGUGAGUUUUUGUUUUAAACAUUGAUUUUCUGACUUCCAUUUGCAGUUGUCAACCCUGAAGCAUGUUUCUUUGCUGUUAACGGAUCCAGUGGGUUCAUCAGUUUUGGCAGUGCAACCAACAAAUUCACGCAUUGUACGUGGAUCAUAACAGCACCAUCCAACCACACCGUCAAACUGACGACAUUUCGUCUAUUUGGUUCUCCCUAUGAUAAACCAGAGAUCCAAGUUUACGACGGAAAAAUGAAAAAUGAUACCGUACUGGGAGCUUUUACUAUUAUACAGCCCUUUAUCAUACAAACAAGUGGUCGAUUCAUGAUGUUGACUUUAAAAAAGAAGUUUUGGUAUUCCUCUUGUAUCUUUAAAGGAGCAUAUGACACGAGUUCAAGAAAAGGUUAGCGAUAUUAAGUUAUCAAAACAACAGAAUAUGAACUGCAUAAGAAUGCUAAUUAGCUCCUCACUAAAAUAUAUUCUUGGGGGCGGGGGGGGGGGCAACCGAUUCGGAAUAAUGGAUGCGUCUUAAAGGCUUUGAAAGUUUUUCAAUUGAUCCACGAGUAAAUUUAUACAACUGUAUUCUAAAUGGUCUACUAAUUGUGAGCCUAACACGGUUCUGUACUAAACUAAUUAUCUCUAAGUGCCAAGAGCAAAGAUUUUAGAAAUGUCAUGAAUUACCGUAAUUUACGAAAAAUAGUUUGAAUUCAAUGCUACGGUGGCUCAUAAGGACAAAACACUUCCCAGAAUCCAAAACACGUCCUAGAAUCCACAAACACUUCCCAGAAUCCAAGACAGGUCCCAGAAUCCAAAACACAUCCCAGAAUCUGGAUUCUGGAAAGUGUUUUUGAAUUCUGGGAAGUUUUUUUGGAUUCUGGGAAGUGUUUCGGAAUCUGGGAAGUGUUUUGUCCUUUCGAGCCACCGUACAAUGCGAUUGCAUAAGCGAAAACUACCUUGAAAAUAGUGAACUAAACUGUUGUACUGAGAAAAGAAUUUGAAAUACCGACUUUACAUUCGGUUAUUGAAGUUCGUGUUUUUGUCCGAUGUUGAGUUUAGGUCAUUUUGCGUAAAAUUUAGUGGUCUUAAGGUACGGAUAAAAAAAAACGAGCAAAAAAAAAAAAUAUGCAACUUGUUUUGCAAUAUUACUGCAAAACGAGUUGCGUGGCCAUGUUCCGCGUUUUACCACCCAUAUCAAACCAGUCCUGCAACAAAUAAGGUUGUUAACAGGUUUGAACGACGGUGGUAAAACGCACAACAUCGCUUUUCAACUCGUUUUGCACCAAUGUUGCAUAACAAGUUGCAUGUUUUUUCAGGCCCGUUUUACCGAAGCUUUAUAAGCGAACUAAGACUCCCCGAAAAAUCACAUUAAAGUCCGCGAAUAUUCAACGUACAGAUUUAUAUUUGGUCUCUUUAAAGCUUAGCAAGUCUACUUUUCAGAAAAAAAAAGAGAUUUAUGGUGCGCCAAUGAAGCCUUCCGAAAUAUUUUGCUUCAAAGACACAAUAAAUUUUGCGGCGUUAUUAUUUUUUCUUAGCGGCAAGCAAUAGGAAUCCCAGAGGGCAAAUGCGACAGCUAUACACGUAUGAUGCAAAGGAUGUUAAUGAAUCCACGAUUGGUUGAAGAUGGGAAGGGCACAGAACUCACAAACAAGCACACGGCUCGUAGAUUCUCUGUUCUGUAUCACGUGUUCGCUCGAAAACAAUGCAUUCUCUUAUCUGCAUUACGUCAUAAAAGUUACCUUACACAACUAUAUGUUACAGUCGAACCUCUCUAAUACGGACACCGAAGGGACAGAGCGAAGUGUCCGUAUUAGAGAGGUGUCCGUAUAAAAGAGGUUAUGAUGAUGUCACUUUUUUGACUCCACUUACAGUUUUAAGUGUUCAGUAGCUGAAACCAGCCUUACACUCGCCUUCAAACUGCAUUUAAGUCUAUUAAUUCACAGUACAAAAAACACUUUCAGUAGCAGACAACAUUGUACAUAUCAGCUACAUACGUACAUUCGUAGAAAAAUCACUGUUUUAAGAUGAAACGAGCUACAGCGCAAUGCUGCAUGUAAAAAGUUUUAACGUAAAGCACAAUUCUGAAAGUGUCUUUCGCUAUUUUGCAAGUGCAGUUAACAGUAACUGGAGUACAAAAUGUAAUAGAAAAGAUCUAAAUGCUAUCUGUAGUUAUUCAAGCCUUCAAAAAGUCGGUUAUGUUCAUCUGUACACAUUUUGCAAAUUAAUUGUUUGGUAUAAAGCGACUGGGCUUUUGAGGCCACCUUGCAUAGCUCAUCAGCCAGACUGGACGAGAUUUACUCUGUGCAGAUUCACCUGAUCGCCGGAGUGUCCGAAAUAGAGAGGUUACUUUUAUGUGAAUUUACUCUCUGGGGCCGAGAUUUAGUGGCCGUUGUCAGUAUUAGAGAGAGUCCGUAUUAUAGAGGGUUUUUUUAAAGAAAAUAUAUGAGAAUUUUGUGGGGACAUUGAAAACUGUCCGUAAUAUAGAGGUGUCCGUCUUAGAGAGGUGUCCGUACCGAGAGGUUCGACUGUACAUGGAUUACAGAUUCAAUCUGCCUUUUGAACGUUCGCGCACGGCUUUAAAAGGCUGCCGACUGCCGCCUAGCAGCCUCGAGAAGACGCGAGGCUGCUCGUUGGCAAUAAUCGGGAAAGCCUAGGGAAGAAAAGUUAAACGGGGAAAUAUUUUACAGAACUGUCAUCGACGAAUGAAUAAAUCAAUAAAUAAGUAAGAAGAUAAACAUUCUAAGGAAACAUUUAAUGGAAUUAAACAUGGCGACCUAGUUUUCUCUCAAGUCUAAACUACUCCUUUUAUACAUUUUAUUUUACUUAACCUCAUUGAGGCUUUACAAACACAAUAAUUGAAAUUCAAUUACAUGAAAAGAUAAUUCAUUAUAAUGGAAAACCUACUUUGAGGACACUAAAAUAUUUACAAUAGUAUGGCCUAUUUAAAUUAAUUUAAAAACUUACUUAAAACUCUGAGAAAAAUAUUUGCACUAAAAUUUAAUUGACACGAUAAAAUACUUAAGAAUCUUCUUCAGAUCGAACUUGAAACUAGACACUGACUCAUGAGUUUUAAGAUAGCUAUCCAUGGAGUUCCAGAUACUGACUAUUCUAUUUUAAAACGUCCUCUGACCACUAACAGUCUUGAAAAGUCGAAUGUUCGAUAUCUUUAAACUUCUCCUGGCACGCCCGCUUAUUUCUCCUCGUUUUCCGUGGAAGCAAGUCGUAUAGGGGUCGUUUAGCCAUCUUGAAUAACCAUUUUUCGUGCGCCGAGCGCCUGUCUAUUUUACAAUUUUUAAUUUUUAAAACUAAACUAGUGAGCAAAGUAUUCUUACGCCUUGCGUAAAAAAUUUCACAGCUGCGCCUGUUCCUUUUCGUAAAUCCGGCCAAACCUUCAAUGUUUGCGAGCAUCAUUAUUUUUAGUCAUAUUAUGGCUUAAAUACAGGCGUUUAGUAUUUGAUUGUAAAACUCCCUGAGGAAGUCUACGUUAGUUAGACGAAACGCGUAGGAGAAUAAACAAGUUUUACAGCAACAGUUCGCAGAGUGCUGCUCACUAGUUUAGUUUUAAAAAUUUUAAAAAUUUUUAAAAAUUAAAAAAAAAAAUUAAAAAUUAAAAACUGGAAGGCAAGGUUUUCCGGCUCACGGGAUGUUAGGCAUUUAAAGGCCAUAUUAAAGAGCGUUUUUAAAGUAAAAGUGAGUUGCUACUAGUAGCCAUUUAUGCUCUUCUAAAACUGGUGUGAUGUGAUCAUAUUUGCGCGUACGUACUGGUCGCAAUUGGAGCAGCAAAGUCUUGAAUACUUUUUAACUUACUGAUACCACUUGCGCCCAAUACGUUCGAACAAUAAAAACGUUUACUAAAAACUAAAGCAUUUAUGAUAUACAGGCUGUUGGUUCUGACAGGUCGACUUUCCUUAUGUUUGCGGAUGACUUACCUUUAAAUGCUUUGGUUAAGGGAACCAAGGACCAAACUCCCCGAGAAGUGAAAAACAUAUUUAGUUGGGCCCAAAACAACCUUAUAACUAUAAACCUUACUAAAGAGUAACGUUGAAAAACAUCUCCUCACUAUUACUUUGGAUAUUAAGCAGGAAGUAUUUCUCAACCUUUUAGACGUUUAGUUUCAUAGUAAUGCUACAAUCUGGGACAAGCAAAUCGAUUUUCUUCUCGGCAAAGCAGGAAGGCGUAUGCACAUAUUAUGAGUGUGCACGAAGUAUGGCUAUAGUCUGGACUCUUCGUUUACAACACCUCUUCCAUAGUCUGAUUAUACCUCUUUUUACCCAUUGCAUUUCAGUAUGGAGUGUUGCAAGUUAUGAAAAGUAUCUUUCUAAAAUUGAUAAGUUUAAGAAGAGAACAGUUCGUUUUGGCUUUCUUAAGGAGGCCACGCUCAUUUUAUAAGCGCCUGUCCGUAAAAAUCAAACAUAUCGCGGCAAGGGUGGAAAAUUCGAUUUCUUUCAAAGUUCAAUGUUAGAUAGGCUAGAGUAUAACUAUAAUCACUGUAUGUUGUUUUUUGGUGAAAUAUCCUUUUAUUUCAGAGAUAAAUACAAAUAUCCAAAAUCCGUUGAAAUCGCCAUUUGAGGCGAUCAAUUUUAAUUUACAUGGGUUUGAAAGCCUCGCGUGCAAAAACCGAUUCCUCUACCGUCUUUUAAACAUUACAGCCUUCUUUUACAACUUCUAAAUAUCUGCUAAAAUGAAUUGAGGAGAUAGUGCUCUGCUCUUUGUAUACAAAAUAGUUUAAUUUCGAAGGCAUACAAUUUACUUCAGUAAAAGUAAUGCGUGAAAAAACAUAAUUUUCACCAUGUGUGAAACCUUCAAAUCGAUUAAGCUGCAGGUGGUUGAAUGUUAGAAGGAUGGUCUAGUGAUUCCUGUAAAAAUUUCUUUGGGCAAAUGAUUAAUAGCGACGCGAGAGCUUUACAAAAUCUGUGAAAAAGGCAAAUAUUUGACCUUCCGCGGUCAACUUUGAAGUUGCCGGAGUCGGAAAUAAAAUUUAGUGCCUUCACUUGUCUAAACCCACAUUAAGUUAAAAUAAGCAGAAAUGUUCUUACCUUAUUAUGAGCAGUUAAGGACCGGUCCAAAGAUCAUUUUAGUACGAUUUUCUGGUCGUUCGUCGCUUGACUUCUGGUUUAUAACGUCUGCAAUUUAAACCUCACACCCGACACACCGCGUCAACUUUCGACGUCUUCAAAGGUCGAAUACCAAUCUUUGAUCAGUUUCGCGUGUCUGAUUUGCGAACAGGGUUUUUUAAAAAUGAAAAAGAAGAAAGAAUCCUUGUUGCAGGCGCGAAUCAAAAGGGAUAUGCUACUAGUUGCGAGCUGUUGUACACGGAUUUUUGUGAGCGUAAUCAGUUCUUGUUUUGUUUAAAAAGGUUAUCAAAGUUUUUUUGUACAGAUGCCUCGAGACAUGUGCCUUUUAUUCGUUAAAACAGUGGUUGUUAUAAUCAAGAGUACCGUAGUCCCAUUAAACAUUUUACAUAAGUGUUUAGUGAUUGCGUGAAUAGCGCACACUGCAAAAGAUCGUGACGUCACAGCUACUGUAAACCGCUGAUUUAGCAACAGAACGGGAACGUCAGUUGACGACGGGAAAGGGCACGGAAAGGAUUAAACGCGACUUUUGUUGCCAAUUUGCCGCUCCGCCAUUGGUCAAGCCAGUUGUUUGAUUUGCGCGCGCCGUCGUCAACUGACGUUCCUGUUCUGUUGCUGAAUCAGCCCCAGCAGAUAACACCCGUGCUCUGAUUGACCAAGAGUUGUGUUUGCAAGGGGGUUUGUAGUAAUGACGUCGCGAUCUUUUGCGGCUCGCGCGCUAUUUACGCGCAAUCACUUCUCUCUUUAUCUUCAAGAUUUUCCUCGUCAUCAAUAAACAGAUCCUCCCAUUCCUCUUGUAUCGCUACUAUUUAAGAAAGUCAUGAGGAGGAGAGGGGGCGCUUAUUCGAUAGGGGCGCUUGUUUGAUAUAAUGGCCAGUGGGUUGAGCGCUUAUUCGGGGACGGGUGCUUAUUAAGGCGUGGACAAUUAUCGAGGAAAUACUGUACACAGAUAUGUAACAGGUUAAAUCCAAAAAAGUGGAAAUGAACGCACCAGACAGACCAGCAAACGCGUUAAGAUGCAUUUAGUCAAAAUAGAAAUAUCGUUUAUGAAAGGAAAAGUUAAUAAGUGCCUCCCUUAUUAAGCGCCCUCUUUCUGUUAGCACCUCUCCUUUUAGCCAAGCUGGGGCGCUUGUUCGAGGAAAUACGGAAUUUACAUAGCUUGCAAAAUAUAGCGAAAUUUUAAAGAGCUGCCUCGUAACCCCACCACUACUAUGAUUCUAAGAGACAGGGUCGGCCAAGGGGGUAGUGGAAUAAUACCGUAGAAUUCUGAAAAUAAGCCCCUCUAAAUAUAAGCCCCCCAAACCGGUAACGCAAAAGACCCUCCGUUGAAUCGCCCCUCCAAAUAUAAGCCCCCCAGGGGCUUGUACUUGGAAAAUUGCCCUCAAAUACAACGUAAAACAAAGCAAGAACGGUCAAUUUACUUCCAACUAUAAGGCUAGCCCUAUCGAUUUUGAAACGCAAAUUCCCCUACAUAGAUAAGUCCCUCCGAAUACAAGCCCCUCCAAAAAUAAGCCCGUCAAAAAGGGCCUUUGAAAAAUAUAAGCCCCGGGGCUUAUUUUCGGAAUUUUACGGUAUAGAGAUUUAGCCAAGGCUAAAAGCGAAGCUUCCAUUAAUAAAUUUAUAAUUUAAAUCAAACAAUAAACUUGUAAUCCACAAAUCAGUUAACUUAAGGUCACAUUCAUGUGACUUUUGAGGGAAAGGCGAAGUGAUUUUAGAUUAAAACAUCUUACAUGGAGUUGAUAGCUUUAUAUCACUACGAGUGUACACCCAAAAUAUAGCAAUCAUUUUCGAUCACAUUCAAGAGCCGUAAUGGCUCUUGAUCACAGUAGAUUAGGCGUGGAAAAUAAAUUCUUGAAAAACAAAUCAGGCCGAAUUUUUUGCGUUCGACAUGUUUACUUCACAAAAUCGUGCCAACAAAUCUUUAUACUUUUUAUACAUCACAUCUGAGGUGAAACAGUACUAUGAGGCGCUGUAUUUAUCAUACAAACCUCGGAAAGAAUGCAACAUCUCACAAUUAUUCAAGACAAAUUGCACUCAUUCAAUAUUCAGGACGAUCAAUGGUGGGCUUUUUGCGAAACCGUUCAAAAAAUUUCCAAAAUCACCCAGUAUACGGCCAGCCGGUUCUCCCUUUUGACAAGCGCCAAAUUUGCAGCAGUGCGAGAGGUAGUAGGGUGUUUGAAUGGACAUCAACAGAGUUACGCUUCAACACAAUAAAGAAUUCAUUAUGUUUAUUUUUUAUUCAGUGAUUUUUUAACGAUGUGUAAUCUUAAAAAGCGUUUGAUACGCGCGGCUUACUCCUGCAAGCAAUGUUCAUGAACGACUGAAAACAAACGGAACACGGAUUAAAAUUUCAAGAGAGACUACUAACAAUCAAUAAAAGAAAAAUAAUUCGGUGAAACAUUUACAGAUCUUUACAGAGACAACAAUUUUCAUUCACGAAGUAAUUAAAGUGUCUAAAAAUCCUGAGUCUUUAAGCUUAAAACGUUUUUGUUUUAAGCCGGCUUCCCGGUGUUUGCUUUUUUCAAAGAUGAACUCGUGGCAAGAAAUCGCUCGAAGCUUUCUUUCUACAGCCAAAUUUAUAACGAGAUAUUCUUCGGAACGUUUCCCUUCUAUUUAUGGUGAGAAAAUAUAUCUAAACACGUUAUAAGUUCUGUAAGCCUAUAUCAAACCUGAUAUAGGUCAGAAUCGCUUGAGACUUUUUAACCCUCCUACGCAUCAAGCAAGGUAAAAAACAAAAACGAUGCCAUCUGAAAGCGACGCAUUUCUCAACCAAAAACCCAAUAAACAAACAAGCCAUAAACAGAAGACUCUUCAUAGCAACUAUAUUUCAUUUUGUGCAUCCAGUAGAAAAGACAGUUAAAAACAUCACAAGUUGACACAAAACUCUGACAGCCCCAGCUGUCAAAGUAAACAAGUUUCAAGAUGCUGCAUAAAUUACCCGCAUAAACUCACCUGUCAAAUUUUCCGACAAAGCGGCAAAGCAGAUUUCGGGAGCUUUCUACUGACGAAACAAGAGAAGAAACCAGAAAAUGCCAUACCGGCAGCAACAUAAAACUGCAAACUUUGGUUUUAAAUUAUUUAAUGGUACUCCGAAGUUUCCUUACAAAUUUAAAGAAAUUAUAAGCUUAAUUCUUCCGUACGUCGAGCUGAUUAUGUAACAACAACAACAACAACAACAAAGUUUACCUUAAAAAUUUUCAGAAUGGCUUGCAAGUCCUUGCAGGAAUAAGUUUCUAAAACCAUUAGCAGAUUUUUUGCGUGUUUGAGGAGCUUUUACACCUCUUAACACUUUCGCAAGUCCAUAACGGACCAUAACGGGCCUCAAGUGGAUUCUAACAACGAGCGACUUUCCAUUGAACAACAACAACAACAAAUUGAUUGAUAAAGCUGGGUCUUUGUGCAGCUCCGAUUCAGUGGAGGAAGAAAACGAAAUUGAAGAGCGAUCUGGUCAACCUAUCCAGCGUUAAAUUCCGCAGUCACAGCGACGGAAAGCGAAAACAGUACUUGUGGAGAAUAAUUCAAGCAUAGCGUCCUUCCCUUUCAGAUUUUUCAUUCAACUAAAAUCGCAAACGGCGCACUUGUCAUAAGAUUUUCCCUUGGUUUACCUGAAGUUACUUUAAUAUCCGGUCGUUUUGUAAUAUUUAAAAUGAAAUUUACUAAAAUUCAGUUGUAAUAACCAGACGUUUGGAGUUUACAAAAAUUUAAUAAAACCUUUAUUCCAUUCGUGCUUGUUGGAUAUAAGACAGUUAUAACCAACUUGGCGCCACGCGCCUAUGGGGCUCAGUCCACGCGCGCUCGUAGAGCUCCGCUACAAAAAUCCCCGAAAUAACUGCCUUGCAAUAUACCAAAAACUAUACUAAAAAUGGUGUAAAAUACCAAAAUUAAGAAAACCACGGUAUGCUUUAUACCCAAAAUUAAUUGUGAUUGAAUACUUUACACCCAAUUUCAAGCAUAAAAAUAUUGUAUACCUGAAAUUAAACACCCCAAUUUAUUAUAUACAUACUGAGAAAUACUCACCAAAAAGCUAUGUCGUAAAUUUUUGGUACGCAAAUUAGUUCUAGCCAAUCAGAGGAUGAUACAUCCAAUCAGAAGCCACAGAGGUGUGUGAGUUACGCGCCAAAAUUCCCGCCUUUUAUUGCAGCUUGCAGCGCCGCUUCGCACACAUUCAACGAGAAAAGUUUCACUCAAAGAGUUUUUCUCGCUUAAAAAGUGGAAAACAAUUCGGAAAUGGAGUGGAAUAGUUUCGUUUGUUUCAUUGUCGAUAAAGAAAACGGUAGAGAGCUGGCGAAACAACAGCGGAAAGGGAUAAACAGAACGAGACGUAAGCUUUUGUUGUGCUUUUUGUCGGAGCUACUUUGCCUUUCAUUUAAGCUUAAGCUUAUAUUGAAACCGGCCAUUUUACUUAAAUUCACUCAUUUUCAAUUGUGCAUUGAGAACAAACAAUUAAGAUUAAUUGUAGUUCUUGGAUUACCUCAUAUCCUUACGUCAUUUAUGUUUUUAACAAACGUUUUUACUAAAAAGCUGAUACUUCGUUUUCGUUGUCAUUUUGCGGUAACUGUGUAGCGGCAAAUUUUAGCAUUUUUGAAAGAUUUAAAAUAAAAAGGCCGCCAAAAUGAUGAAUGUCUCAGUAUGUAUAUAAUAAACACAAUACCACAUGGAAAGUGCUUUGUACGGUAUUUACACACUCGUUUGUUUUGUAUCAGAAAUCUUACUCGUUCGAUUUCUGAUACGUCAACAACUCGUGCGUAAAUACUGUACGCCAGCACUUUCCAUGAGGUAUUCUCUAUAUACUGCAUACGCAAAACCCAUGGUCGGCCCUGAAGGGAAUUAAGGGUUGGGAAAUGACCUUAAUGCUAGACGUCCCUAGACUGUGACUGCAUGCUUAUGUUAGAGUUUGUUCUACAGAAUUGCAGCUGCAGCCUUGUGCGAAAUUCUUCAACAGCUUCAAGUACGGCUUCUUUCGCCAGGUUGUGGUACUGAUAACGGUCCUGAUACCGUUUAAUAAAAUCACCAAGUCCGGGAGCUGACAACCAAAGUUGUGAAUAAACAAAAUAACCNAAACCGGCCAUUUUACUUAAAUUCACUCAUUUUCAAUUGUGCAUUGAGAACAAACAAUUAAGAUUAAUUGUAGUUCUUGGAUUACCUCAUAUCCUUACGUCAUUUAUGUUUUUAACAAACGUUUUUACUAAAAAGCUGAUACUUCGUUUUCGUUGUCAUUUUGCGGUAACUGUGUAGCGGCAAAUUUUAGCAUUUUUGAAAGAUUUAAAAUAAAAAGGCCGCCAAAAUGAUGAAUGUCUCAGUAUGUAUAUAAUAAACACAAUACCACAUGGAAAGUGCUUUGUACGGUAUUUACACACUCGUUUGUUUUGUAUCAGAAAUCUUACUCGUUCGAUUUCUGAUACGUCAACAACUCGUGCGUAAAUACUGUACGCCAGCACUUUCCAUGAGGUAUUCUCUAUAUACUGCAUACGCAAAACCCAUGGUCGGCCCUGAAGGGAAUUAAGGGUUGGGAAAUGACCUUAAUGCUAGACGUCCCUAGACUGUGACUGCAUGCUUAUGUUAGAGUUUGUUCUACAGAAUUGCAGCUGCAGCCUUGUGCGAAAUUCUUCAACAGCUUCAAGUACGGCUUCUUUCGCCAGGUUGUGGUACUGAUAACGGUCCUGAUACCGUUUAAUAAAAUCACCAAGUCCGGGAGCUGACAACCAAAGUUGUGAAUAAACAAAAUAACCAGUAUUUCGAUUCUAACAGGGAAAGACCGUGUCUAAGGGUAUCACUAUGUUAAGCUAUAGAUUGUCUUUAUUGACUCUAUACCGAAGAGCUUUUGUGCCGGCACAAAAAGAAAGCAUACUGGAUAGGGCUUCUGGUCACGCAAAGAAGGGUGAAGCAAAGCUGAGACGCGCCGAUCUCUAAACAGGAGUGUCACCUACUGGAUAGGUGUUCAUACUUGACCGGAUAGCUUUUUGUGUCUGCACGAAAAGCUAUCCAGUAUAGUGUGAACUUAGCCUUAAUUAUUGCUGUUGUUCUCGUUGUGGCUGUUUGCUACUUCACCCUUCUCCACCCCUCUAAAUUAGAUUGCGUGACUUACAAACGGCUGCCUGCAAUUCGAGAUUUGAGCACCGGCAUUUUUGUGUCAUUCUGUUGUAGCAAUCAGAUGUAAUCUCUGGUAACGUUUUCAGAUACUAUACAUUCUAAGCAAUGUUUAACAAAUGACUGAGCUGUCGAAAAAGAUGCAGUCGUAAUGAAAAUCCCCUGAAGUGGAUCAAAGAAUUGUAUUUGUCCGGUGAAUAAGUUGACAGUUGGCGCGGUGUACAAUUACACGCGCGUUACAAGACAAAGAUCAAACGUCUCGAUAAUCGGGCUAAAAUGGCCUUUGGACUCGUCUUUUACAGCAGAUUUUAAGGUAUGAACAUUUAAAACGGUUUCCCAUCUGCUUGUUUUAAUCUACUGUGGGUUUAGACAAGUGAAGGGACUAAAUUUUGUCCGACUCGCAACUUCAAAGUUGACCGCGGAAGGUCAAAUAUCUGCAUUUUAACAGAUUUUGUAAAGCUCUCGCGUCGCUAUUAAUCAUUUGCCCAACGAAAUCUUUACAGGAAUCUGUAGAUCAUCCUUCUAACAUUCAACCACCAGCAGCUCAAUCGAUCUGAAGGUUUCGCACAUGGUGAAAAUUAUGUUUUUUCACGCAUUACUUUUACUGAAGUAAAUUGUAUGCCUUCGAAAUUAAAUUAUCAUUGGAAGCAAAUUUGUUCUUUUCAUUGGCCGAAAGCCCACCACGUGACCUGCAAAUAACUGCCUACAAAUAAUGGUCUGCUCAUGUGCAAUGCCGUCCAACAGUGUUUGGCUGCAAAUAAUAUUCUGCUCAUGCGUAAAAGAAACCGUGCUUUUGUCCUUCUCGCGAUCGCUCCUGCGUGAAAAUUGCAGAUUGCUUCGCAUCCCAAAGAUAUUAAAAACAAACUCGGUGAUCGAAUGAUAAAACAAUUAUUGAACUCUGUUAUCGCAAAAUAUCGUGAUUUGUCAGUGUCUCGCAGAUCAAUUAUUUGCCUCAGCCUUCGGCUUCGGCAAAUAAUUGAUCUGCUUGCCACAGACAAAUCACGAUAUUUUGCUCAACCUCGUCCAAUGAUUGUUAAAUAUUUUGUAUACAAAGAACAGAGCACACUCAUUUUAACAGAUAUUUAUAUUAGAAGUCUGAUUUUUACAGACAGGCGCUCUAAGCUUUCUAGAGUCCUCAGAUGAUACGUUGUGGAAGAGUGUCACAAAUUCUUCAGAGGGCCCUUUGGCGGAUCUCCUCCCACCCAGUAGAACAACAUUGCUAAGGAAUCGUGAUCACUCCUAUGUACUUCCUGAAAUUAGGACUAAACGUUUUAAAUGCUGUUUUAUAAAUAGGUUUCCUUUUAAUUUUACUAUUAAAUUGUCAGUUGUAAUUCGGAACGUUUGUUUUUGAAAUCAAUGAAGAGCUUAUUUAUUUAUUCAUUUAAUAGCGCGGUGCGUUUUUCAAAAACAUGCUUUGUGCGGAUUAUUUGACUGAAACAAAACAUACAGAAGGAGACAGUUUUGGUAAUGUGUUCGUCACAUUAGGUUAAAUUAGUGUCCAAAAUCACCCCAAGGUCUUUAGUGGUGUGUUCUAGUACGGGUUCUCUUCCCAUGAAAGUGAUGCUGGGAGUGACCAAUCUGGAAUGCACUGGCCUGCUACCAAACACCAUAACUUAAGUUUUGCUUGGAUUCAAGGUUAAGGUUGUUGGAACACCAUCGUCCUAUUCUAUGCAAGUAGUCUCUUAAGUCUGCAAAGGGGUUCACAAUAUCUUUCAUUUUGAGGAAUAUAACCUGCCUAGUGUCGUCUACAUAGCUCUGGACGCUGCAUUUCUGAGGUGCUGAAGGAAGAUCGAUUAGUGUAUAUGCUAAAUAAAAGUGGUCCGAGUAUGCUUCCCCGCUAAACGCCACAGUUAAUGGGUAAGCGCUCUGACGAUGUUGAAUGGAUUCGAACCACUUGUCGUUUUUCAUUAAGGUAGCUACAAAACCACUGGAUAGCUGAGUUUGAGGCGCCUGCAUCGUGCAUUUUCAACAUUAGAGUUUCGUGGUUGACACGGCCGUCGAAAGCCUUGCUCAUGUCUAAGAACAUUGCCGAAGUCAACAUCUUUUGGUCUAUCGCUAUAAGAAUAGUGUCAGUUGUUUCUAUGACAGAUGUUUCCGUCGAAUGCCAUUUUUGUUUUUGCCUCUUUGGUCUUUGUUAACCUAUCAUUUAAUUGCAAUGUGAAUUGAUUGUGUACGACCCUUUCACAAACUUUUGAUGAAACCGAUAAAAGCGAAAUUAGUCUGUUGUUAUUUGCUAAUUCAUGGUUUUCAGCUUGAGUGAGAGGUCUUACUUUCUUACUUUCCAAGUGGUGGGAGAUUUGCAUGUUUCAAUAGAAGUGUUAAUAAUAGACGUGAUUACUGAAAGAAUCGGGGUAACGUAGUCUUUUAAAACACGAACAGAAACCUUGUCGAUCCCUAGGGCUAUGUUUGAUUGCAUCGAUGAUAUUCUGCGUUCGAUGUCAACACUGCCUAUGGUAUUCAAAUGAAACUGAUCACCCAAAAGGUUUUUUAGUUUUCUGUUAGUUCAAUUUAACAAGGGAUAAAGAUUUUACGCAUGUAGCUUAUUAUUUAUUGACAUAAAGAGAGUUACAUAACGAUAUGAACGCUUACAGAGCCGUAAAUGAUCUCGUGUCAAAUAUUAUACUCAACGUGGAAUGUGGUGGAGUGCAGAAUGACAGAAAGACGAAAAUGGCGAUGGUUGCAUAGUAACGUAGACCUUACAAAUCAAAAAAAGUUUUUAUUUUUUCCCUAGGAAAAAAAAAGUGAAAGAAAAACGCUUAAGAUGUUAUUCCCUCUUAAUCAGUAACACUUAAAUGAAUGAAAAAAAAUGUAGCGUAAAUCUAGUAUACCAAGGAAACCUUUAAUUUGCUUUUCAGGAAUAACAAACCGAGACCAAAACAACAAAAAUACAUUAUUCCUUUCAGCUACUGUUCCCGCGGCCUUACUUGAAGGUGCUUACAGAGUUCACCUGCAUUGACCUCAGAAAACGCUGUCAUGUAAACAAACUCCUGGCCUGAAGUUCUGAUCACCGUUGUCAAAAACUUUCUGGGAAGUUGUAGGAGUAAAAUUUUAUAGUACCGUUAGAUCAAACUUUUUCUAUUGACAGUUCAAGAAAACUGAAGGUUAAUGCGUACAUGAUGUGAAACUUAGUUUAAAUUCCCAACGAUUUGAUGACGCGAUUCAAAUCCUGAAGUACUUGAUAUCAUAAAUACAGCUCUCCUGUAUUCUUACUGACUAUCAUUUGUUUGUUUCCCGAGUGUGUAAAGUGGGACGUUUUACAACAACGUGAGAUAGUAUUGAAACGCUUAAAUUUGAAAGGGAUGGCCCAAAAGGAUAAUACGAGGCAUGUCUGACUUACGGCAGGCCAAUUUCAGUUACAGUGUAAAUUAAAAGUAUUCCCGUACUUAUUUCAAACGUCGAACUUACGAAUACCCUCCAAUCUAGGUACUAAAAUUCUUGAGUAUCGUUUAGCAUGGUGUUCUACAAGAGGGUAAAGUAAUAACUUAUCUUUUGGGAGUCUUAUUUAAGUAAAAUUAAUCAACUCUAAUUCAAUUAACUUGCAACCUGAUAUGACUUGAAAUCGGGACAUCUUAAAAACAUGGUGAAUUGUCUUUUUCAGAAAAGCCGAGGAUAAGGGUACCGUUGGCGGAGGUGCGAACUGUACCAGAGCAUUAUAUCUGGUUUCUGCUGGAAGGUACCCCACCGAUUAACUUGACUCUAAUGAAUACAUCAACAGCUUUGAAGGGCGGUUUGGUCAUAAAAGGAUUCAAACUAAAUCGUACGGGUACCUACCAGUACACUCUACUAGCAGAAAAUGAAGAAGGAACUGAUUCAAAAACUGUUGAAGUAACCGUCGUG